CACAUGACGUGUGUCAGCUGACAGCUAACUUCCGGGUUGUGGCUCGCAGUGCUUUGCUGUCGUUCGUCAGUUUUCCAAUAAAUCAGACCAGCUGGGAGUGUGGUCAUGAACGUGUCAGACAGCGAGGACGAUAUCUACACCGAGAGGACGGCGCUGGUCCAAUCGGAGAAUCCAGUGGUGCCAUCCUACAUACCAGACUCUGCCCCCACCGAUGGCCCGCCUAAAAGGGAUCGAAGUGGGCCCGUGGGCGCUGGUUCCGACGCAGAGGCUGAAGACGAGGAGCUGACCCUCAAGUAUGGCGCCAAACACGUGAUCAUGCUCUUCAUUCCCGUCACGCUGUGUAUGCUGGUGGUGGUUGCCACCAUCAAGUCGGUCAGCUUCUACAGCGAGAAGACGGACCAGCAUCUGAUCUACACGCCGUUUACGGAGAACACGUCAUCGGUCGGACGCCGCCUCCUCAACUCGGUUCUCAACACCAUCAUCAUGAUCAGUGUCAUCGUAGUCAUGACGGUCUUCCUGGUGUUCCUCUACAAGUACCGCUGCUACAAGUUCAUCCAUGGGUGGCUCAUCCUGUCCUCGCUCAUGCUGCUCUUCUGGUUCAGCUUCAUGUACCUCAGCGAAUUGUUUAAGACCUAUAAUGUAGCUAUGGACUACCCGACGGUGGGCGUAAUCAUCUGGAACUUUGGUGCGGUGGGAAUGGUGUGUAUUCACUGGAAAGGUCCGCUCCAGCUGCAGCAGGCCUACUUAAUCCUGAUUAGCGCCCUCAUGGCGCUCGUCUUCAUCAAAUAUUUGCCAGAAUGGUCAGCGUGGGUCAUCUUGGGCGCCAUCUCUGUUUACGACUUGGUAGCCGUCCUGAGUCCAAAAGGUCCGCUCAGGAUGCUCGUGGAGACGGCGCAGGAACGCAACGAGCCCAUCUUUCCCGCCCUCAUCUACUCCUCUGCGAUGGCAUGGACGGUGGGGAUGGCAAGCCCAAAUGACGCUGAGCAGUCUGGACGUCAAACAGGUGAUGAGGAGGCGGAGCACAGUGACACGGAGGCCGAGAGACGACGCACGUUUCAGGAAGAAGAGCUAGAGGAGCGAGGCGUGAAGCUUGGCUUGGGUGACUUCAUCUUCUAUAGCGUUCUGGUGGGAAAAGCCGCAGCGAGUGGAGAAGACUGGAACACGACACUCGCCUGCUUUGUUGCCAUCUUGAUAGGUCUGUGUCUGACGCUGCUGCUGCUCGCAAUCUUUAAAAAGGCCUUGCCGGCGUUGCCCAUCUCCAUCACCUUCGGACUCAUUUUUUACUUCUCCACCGACUUCCUGGUCCGACCUUUCAUGGACGACCUUGCCGCACAUCAGUUCUACAUCUGACACCGCCACAGGAAGUGAUGCGGUGUUUGGAUGUCAAAAUAACUUUUUAAAAAUGUGCGUGGCUAAAUAGACUGUCUCUGAAACUCCUCCCCUUUGACAAGUCUGCUGUCCCUUUGAGAACCCUUUCACCUGCUCCAGUGUGAUGCUAAGCUAGGCUAAAAGAGUUAGCUUGUUGGGGGUGGGGCCUAACAUCUCCAUCUUUGUAUGUUUCUACAAUGUUAAAAAAAAUCAAAUCUUUAAACAA